AUGAAGCUUCUCCUCAUCCGCCACGGCGAAACCGUCGACAACGUCGCCUCGAUCUGGGCCGGUGUGCGAGACUCCGCGCUGACCUCCCAUGGCGCCUUGCAGGCAUCGCACCUCGGCGCAGCCUUGUCAGCCCGCUCGCCGCCGCUCAGCCCUGCCCACGUCUUCUCGUCCGAUCUGCAGCGCGCAGCGAAGACGGCUCAGGCAUGCGUAUCGUCGUUUGACCCGCAGCCGCCGCAUACUAAGCUCGUCGUUCUCCGGGAGCGUGACUUUGGACCGCUGGAGGGCAAGUCGUUCCGCGGCGAAGGCGCAACGACGGAUGCCGAGGCCGUUGCGGAGCCGCGGGAAGCAAUGCGCGCGAGAGCAGAUGCUUUUAUCACGGAGCACUUGAUUCCAGCACUCAAGACCCAUGCCAAGGACGGCACUUGUAUUCUUGUAGUCUCUCAUGGCAUUAUGCUGGCGACGCUCUUCACGGCGCUUACUAUGCGAGCACCCCGCGGCGGUGUGACAUAUACGCCGUCGGCUUUGUCUACAGAGGGCUUUGUGCCUGGUGUUCUGCCCUGGUGGGGUAACACAGCGUAUCUCGAGUGCGAGGUCAGGGUUGAAGAGGGCGAUAAGCUGCGCUUGGAGGUGGACAAGAUCAACGAGAUGGGACACUUGGCCAAUGUGCGUAAGGCAGGCGGUGGUAUUGGCAAUGCUACAUAUGAUGAAAAGCAGACAAAGAUGGACAUGUUUUUGAAAAAGGCAUAG